AUGGCCACCACCGCCAGAUACUCGCCCGAUCCCCAUACUGUGCCUCGACGGGAUACCUCCCCGGGCUGGCCCAGAACGUGCGGCGACAGACGUCGGCCCCGCUUGCUCAGGUCCUGCGUCACCGAACCCUCCAUCACCACCUCCAACGCGUGCAAUGGGCUGUUGACGAGCCCGAACUCGAGCCAGAGAGCGACGGAGCUGCUGAGCCGGGUCGCCUUCUCCAACGCCGCGUCGUCGCCGUCGUCGACGCGGAGCUUCAGCGAGGAGGUCGGGGAGGCCCGCGACCCUCGCUUGACCGACGCCGCUUGCAAUUCACAAUCGGCUGGCUACUUCAGCUUCCCCAGCUUCGACAUGUGGGAAGCGGCGGAGCGCUUAAGCUCGGAGAAGGCGAUAGAUCGAGCAACAGCUUGA